AUGAGGUUUCUCAACAGGACUUCACCACCUGUGGUGCCAGAAGUGGAGGAGCCUACUCACCCGGUUGAGCCAGAGAAGGCUGUUAACAAGACCGAAAACCCGGAUGAUGGUUCCGAAAGAGACGAUAUCUCCAGCGAUGCGCAGGAAGGUGUGAAGGACAUUGAGGCUAUGGCCAAAGUCUGGUCAAAGUCAAACCUCAUCGCCGCCUAUGUCCUUAUCUGGAUUAUCUAUUUCGUCAAUUCAAUGCAGGAGGGCACAGCAAACCUACUAGCAAUUUACGUUACUAGCUCUUUCUCGCAGGCACCGUUGACUGCGACCACCGGCGUUGUAUCCAGUCUAGUUGGAGGUUUAUUUAGGUUACCUCUUGCAAAGAUUAUCGACCUCUGGGGUCGGCCUCAAGGAUAUUUUCUCAUGGUUUGCUUUAUGACAUUAGGCUUGAUUAUGAUGGCCGCUUGCCAAAAUGUGGAAACAUUUGCAGCAGCCCAGGUCUUCUACUGGGUAGGGUACAAUGGCUUUGUUUACAUCAUUGGAGUUUUUGUAUCCGACACCACAUCUCUCAAAAACCGGGGCCUCAUGUUUGCAUUCGUUUCGUCACCUUACAUCAUCACCGUCUGGAUUAAUGGCAGGAUCGCCACUGCAUUUCUCAAUGGUCCAGGAUUUCGUUGGGCUUACGGAGCUUUCUCAAUCAUCGUGCCCUUCACGAUGUUAACACUCUGGGGUCUCAUGGUAUACAACUACAGGAAAGCCAAAAGACUUGGGGUCCUGGUUCCUCGAAAAGCAAGCGGGCGAACGAAGUGGCAAUCCUUCAAGCAUUAUGUUAUCGAGUUCGAUAUCGUUGGCGUUCUGAUCCUUGCUGCUGGUUUGGCGCUCUUUCUAUUGGCAUUCAACAUUUACUCCUACCAGACAGACGGCUGGAGAUCCCCAAUGAUCAUUUGCUUCAUUGUAUUUGGAGUUCUUUUGAUGGUUCUCUUUGCUAUUUACGAGAAGUAUUUUGCGCGCGUCAACUUUAUUCCAUUCAGCCUAUUGAAAGACAGGACUUGCCUCGGCGCGUUCAUCGUGGCCGGGAGUGUUUUCAUCUCGUUUUAUCUUUGGGAUUCCUUCUUCUACCCUUUUAUACUGGUUGUCAAUAACCUCGACCCUAUAAACGCAAAUUACGUCUUGAAUAUUUACACUAUUGGUGCGUGUGCAUGGUCAUUCGUUAUCGGUUGGGCUAUUCGUUACACUGGACGCUUCAAGUGGAUCGCUACUUAUUUCGCCAUUCCAUUCACUAUCCUGGGAGCCGGACUCAUGAUUGCUUUCCGAGAACCAAACCAGGGCAUCGGCCUAAUUGUCAUGUGCCAAAUCUUCAUCGCAGUUGCCGGUGGCGGUAUCGUCAUUACCGAACAAGUCGCAGCUCUUGCCGCGACGUCACACCAGUAUGUCGCUGUAGUCCUGGCUGUCGAGAGUAUGUUCUCGAGUAUUGGGGGUGCUAUCGGCCAAACAGUAGCUACGGCUAUUUGGACCGGUGUCUUCCCGGGAAAGCUGGCCGAAUAUCUUCCAGAGUCCGAAAAGGCCAACGCAUCGACCAUUUAUGGGAACGUAGCUGCUCAGCUGGCUUAUCCUGUUGGCUCUGAUACUCGUAUUGCCAUCCAGCGCGCCUAUGGCGAGACACAGAAGCUGAUGCUCAUUGCCGCCACUGCUGUAUUAAUUAUUCCUUGGAUUGCGGCCUUCUGUUGGAGGAAUAUCAACGUUAAAAACUUCAAGCAGACUAAAGGUAAUGUUAUCUAA